GAGAAGGGGGCAUUCGGGGAAGUGUACAAGGGCAAUAUCGAUGGUAAGGAAGUAGCAAUCAAGGUGAUGGCCCACGAUCUCACGAGCGACAAGCGGAAGCAGUUCGUCGCGGAGGUGAAUGCACUGACCAGAGUCAAUCAUGUGAAUCUGAUUGAGCUGAUCGGGUAUUGCGAGGAGGGCUAUCGAUGCGUACUGGUGUACCCAUACUAUCAAGGGGGAAGCCUGCAUUGGCGGUUGCACAGCAAGCAGAGCCUCAGCAAUGUCCAUCCAGAGAAGAGUCUUCCGCCAUUGACGCUUGAGGAGCGCAUGAGAAUAGCCUUCCAGAUCGCACUGGCCUUAAACUAUCUUCAUGGGAACACUAGAGAGCCUAUCAUCCAUCGGGACAUCAAGAGCAGCAAUGUUCUUCUAGGUGAUGGCAAAGGAAAGAAGCUUCAUGCUGUUCUCUCAGAUUUCAGGUUGGCGACCAUGGGGGAGAGAGUUUUUGGCACGGACCACCAAGAGAUGGUAGAAACCUCCCACAUUGGCGGCACAUUCGGGUACAUGGCACCGGAGUACCUGCUCAAAGGUAAAUUGUCAGAGAAAAAUGACGUGUACGCAUUCGGAAUACUCGUUCUUGAAAUGCUCAAGGGGAGGAAGGUUGUAAAACGGGCCCCUUCUGGGUUGGGAGUGCAGACGCUGCGGGACUGGGUCAAGCCAUUCCUUGAAGGUGGCGACCGGUCUGAGACCAAAGUGCUGCAGCCUGGUUUUGAGAUUCUCGAUCCUUGUCUGAGGGAUGAGAUCCCCGACGCUUCAUCAACAGAUAUGGUGACGGAUACAAUCCAGUUGGCCUGGGUGUGCGUCAAGAUGGAGGAUACUGAGAGGCCCAGGAUGAAUGCAGUUGUCCACCGCAUUGAAAGCAUUCUUGGGAAGGCUACUUUUUUCGGAACCCGGAGCAGGCUAGUACAGAUAUGUCAGCCCAUGACGAACCUCGGACUAUACGAGUGCGCUAAGCAAGACUUCUUUCGGUUGUCGGUAGAAAUGGGGCCGUUUGAGGGGAACUGGGCGGACGAGCUGGCCGAAAUACUAAACUGCCUUAGCGUAGACGAUGUGGCAAGAGGGGAGACAUUUCUGGAAGGGGUGAAAGAGUUGUUCUACAACGAAGAGGACGACUUCAGUGAUGAGGACGAAGAUGAUGAGAUAGAGGACUGGGACUUCUAAGGAGGGUGACUGGACCUAGGGAAAACGGGUGGCCUGGUAUUGUGCAGGAAGG